UUGGAUGACUACUUUUACUUGAGUAAUAUUAUUUUGAAGUAAUGCUAUUCUUUCUUGAGUACAAUUUUUGGCUUCUCUACCCAUCUCUGUGGGAAAGCUAUUUAAUUUUAGUAGAUUAUGUAUUUUUUUUCUACUAAUAAUAUAAUGUUAGUCGUAGGGAAGCACUGUUUUGGUCAAUGCAAGGGAAUAGAAACAAAUAUAAUCACUGUGAGACAAUGUUCUUCUUAGGCCAGCGAUCGUACAACGACAAUUGGUAUUUAUUUUGAAAAACGGGGUCCGGAAAUGAAGCUGCUGCACCUCUACUAGGCUUGGUGAUGCCAGACGUUUCAGAGGAAAGUGAACUCGGGGGGGUUGAGCAUCAUCAUCUUCCUGGGGUGGGGGAAUCGAGGUGUUUACUUCUUCUAGGUUGGUGGAACUACACUAACCCCCCAACGCCAUCAUGCCGUAGACCGGUGCGGCUCGUACAUGAAGCCUAGCAGGGAGCGCGGCGCCGAGGAGGAAGAGGUCUGGUUGUGACCGACGGAGGGAGGAUGUACUGGGCUGCUGGCUUCGCCUCUUCCCGGCCGUGCGUGGUGGAUCUCGGGCGGAAUCACAGCCUCCCCCUCGGGCUGUGUGUGUCCGAGCAGCCGCAGUCGUUGUAUGGAUAUAUCAUCGCCUUCCCUUUGCAGGACUACGGCGGCAUCAUGACGGCUCUGGGCUCGGACUCCUGGUGGAAGAAGACCCUUUACAUCACCGGGGGGGCCCUCCUGGCCGCCGCAGCCUACUUACUGCACGAGCUGCUUGCCAUCAGGAAGGAGCAGGAGCUGGACUCUAAAGAUGCCAUCAUCCUUCAUCAGUUCUCCAGACCAAAGAAUGGUGUUCCCAGCCUCUCACCUUUCUGCCUCAAAAUAGAAACCUAUCUGAGAAUGGUGGAUCUGCCCUAUCAGAACUAUUUUGAUGGGAAGCUGUCACCUCAAGGCAAAAUGCCUUGGCUGGAGUACAAUUAUGAGCAGGUCUCAGGGUCAGAGUUCAUCGUAGACUUUUUGGAAGAGAAACUGGGAGUCAACCUCAACCACAACCUCACGCCGGAGGAGAGAGCCGUGUCUCGAGCCAUCACCAAAAUGGUUGAAGAGCAUCUAUACUGGACGAUCGCCUACUGUCAGUGGGUGGACAACUUGGAAGAAACCCAGAAGCUCCUAGCAAUGAGUGGCCCUCUUAGCGACACACUAAAAUGGCUGCUGAGUCGCCUGAAUGGUAGCAUGGUACGUAGGGAAAUGUACGGCCAUGGCAUCGGUCGCUUCUCCGAGGAGGAAGUCUACACGUUGAUGGAGAAGGACAUGAGGACACUCGCCACCUUACUGGGAGACAAAAAAUACUUUAUGGGCUCCAAGAUAUCCACGUUAGAUGCUACAGUGUUUGGACAUCUUGCUCAGGCAAUGUGGACUCUGCCUGGUACGCGACCAGAACAACUCAUUAAAGGGGAACUGAUCAACCUAGCCAUGUUCUGCGAGCGGAUACGCAGGAGGUUCUGGCCCGAAUGGUUCGUGGAGGUGGAGGACCUUUAUUACGACGGAGACAGCGAGAGCAGCGGCGGUACAGUGUCUCCCACGGGUCUGCUGGACUUCUUCUCCAGGACUGACACACUGGACGAGAGCGACGUCAGCAGUCACUCGGCCUCGCACACACACACACCCAACUCUGACCACUCGCUAUUUGACUCGGACGUGGGCACGGGGUCGGAUAAUGAAACCCAGCUCAAGGAGGAAGCGAUGCCCGACCUGGAGGUUUGACGUGACUACGGCUGGCAGAUGGAGGCUGGCUGACUAGAGAGUGGAACAGCUGUCACUGCAACCCGCUCAAUGGGGAACAACAGAAUCACUGUUCCAACUCAGUCUUGAAUCCACAACAUGUUACAGCUUCCUUUUGGACAAAGUGGGUAUUGAAAGGCACAGUAAGCAAACUGAAUCUCCUUACAUUUUACUGUCUGGUUUGUUCCUUCCCAAAAUGUCACAAAAUUCACAGUGGCAUUUUGUCUCUGCCUUAUUUGUGUGGUCUUGACACAGAAGAAGUUGUGUAGGAUGAGCAACAUCUAAACAGCUCGUGAAGGUGCAGGUAUAACCACCAUUUUGCCAUUUGUCUUAAAGCUGAAUCCCAUUCAAACAAAUUGCGAUAUAUCAGGUGGCUAAAACAUAGCUGUCAUGCCUCAGCUAUGCCGAUUUAGCGCUCACAUUGUAUCAUGUCAUUUAUUUCAAAUUUCUAUAUGGAAAGACUACAUAUCAAAUGUAUGCAUGUUCGCGUGUAUCAUGAUUAUUGGCAGACUGGUCCGAUGAAAAUUCAUUAAUCAGCAUAUUUGUGCCUGUUACGUUAUUUUUUAUUUGAUUGUUGAUUUUGAGUGUUGAAUUGGGCCAUUAAAAUUACUAGUAGAGGAACAGGGUGGUUGUAGUUAAUAAAAUGACCACCAGAUGGCAAUAGCACCAAACAAUUGAUGGCUAUUGUGAAACUACAGCGCUUACCACUUCAGGUGAUAGUCAUUCUCAAUUUUCUUAUUCGCAUACAUACCGUUAUUGAGUGCAGCUACAGUUCAAUCAAACGAACGGUUGAAAGUUUGCGCUUUAUUUCAACAGUGCCACUUUAUUUUUCUUUAUGAAAGCUCCUAUUGUUUGAAAUAGAUAUAUAUAUUUUUUAUUAAUCUUUUAUUUAUUGCUCUUAAACGAGAUUAUUUUUGCACUAGUGAAAAUUUAUUUUCACCUUAUUUUUUGUGUAAUUUAAAGGUUGUGGUAGGUGAUUCUGUUUGAGUUUAAAAAGGAUAAACAAACUGGUACUAAUAAUGAUUAUACAUCUAAAUUAUUGUAUAUGCUUUUAGUAGUUUUUGUGCACUGCGCACAUUGUGCUACUUUUGUAUGGAUGUGAAUGUUACUGUAUGUGUGAAUGUCAUCAAGCGAACAGUUGAUGGAAAUAAUCUUCAUUGAGUGCAAUCAGAAUGCUUACUGUCUGAAAUAGUGAAAAAAAUACAGUGGUAUGAUAAAGUAUCUGAACCUUUUGGAAUUUCUCACAUUUCUGCUUAUAAUAAGUAUCAAAAAUGUGAGCUGAUCUUUGUCAAAAUCAUACAGAUGAAAAAACUGUCAGCUUUAACUAAAACCACCCAAAAAUGUAGAGGUUUUCAUAUUUUAAUGAGGACAGUAUGCAAAAAAUGACAGAAGGGGGAAAAAUAAGUAAGUGAAUAAUCACAUUUAAUAUUUUGUGCGCCCCCCCCCCCUUUGGCAGCAGUAACUAGCAGAUCAGUCUAGCACAUCAAUCAGGACUAAUCUUGGCCCAUUCUUCUCGACAAAACUGCUGUAGUUCCUGGGAUGUCUGUCAUGAAUCACUGUCUUCAGGUCAUGCCACAGCAUCUCAAUGGGGUUCAUGUCUUGACUUUGACUUGACCACUCAAGAACGUGUAUUUUGUUCUUCUGAAACCAUUCUGAAGUUGAUUUACUUCUGUGUUUUGGAUGUUGACGGAUGGACGGUUGUCUUGUUGUAGCAUCCAUCCUCUUUUUUAGCUUCAACUGUCUGACAGACGGCCUUAUGUUCUUCUGCAAAACAUCCUGAUAAAUUUAUGAAUUCAUUCUUCCAUUAAUGAUUGCAAGUUGUUCAGGCCCCGAGUCAGCAAAACAGCCCCAAACCAUGAUGCUCCCUCCACUAUGCUUGACCGUGGGGAUGAGGUGUUGAUGUUGGUGAGCUGUUCCAUUUUUCUUCCACACAUGACGUUGUGUAUUACUCGCAAACAAUUCAACUUUGGUUUCAUCCGUCCACAAAAUAUUUUGCCAAAACUUCUGUGGAGUGUCCAAGUGUGUUUUUGCAUAUAUUAAACGAGCAACAAUUUUUUUUUUUAGACAGCAGUGGCUACCUCCGUGGAGUUCUCUAAUGAACACCAUUGUUGGCCAUAGUUUUACAUAUAGUUGAUGUGUGCACGGAGAUAUUGGACUACGCUAGAGAUUUCUGUAAGUCUUUAGCAGACACUCUAAGGUUCUUUUUUACCUCUGAGUAUUCUGCGCCGAACUCUUGGCGUCAUCUUUGGUGGAUGGCCACACCUUGGGAGAGAAGCAACCGUGCCAAACUCUCUCCAUUUGUAAACAACUUCUCUGACCUUUCCCAGCUUUAUACAAAUCUACAAUCUUUGAUCGCAAGUCUUCAGACAGCUCUUUUGACCGAGCCAUGAUGCACAUCAGACAAUGCUUCUCAUCAAAAUAUUUCUUACCAGGUAUGUGUUUUAUAGUGGGCAGGGCAGCUUUAAACCACUCAUCAGUGAUUGGGCACACACCUGACUUAAAAUGUUUGGUAAAAAUUGUUUUCAAUUGCUCUUUAAGUCUCCUUAGGCAGAGGGUUCACUUACUUAUUUUUACCCUUCUGUCAUUGUUUGGGUGGUUUGAGUCAAAGCUGACACUGUAUUUUAAUCUGUGUGAUUUUGACAAAGAUCAGAUCACAUUUGAUGGUGAUUUUAUGCAGAAAUGUCACAAAUCCCAAAAGGUUCAGAUACUUUUUCAUACCACUGUAAUAAUUCCGAGGGAAUAUUACUUUAGGUUAAUUUCAAAUAUUUGAUAAGUAAAAGGGUCGAUGUGCGGGCUUGUCCUCUAUUUGCUGAAUUCUCAGAUUUGUCUCUCCCUCGUUAAAU